AUGACGGACUCUCCAGACGGCUCGGAGUCUGUAGGCGAUUCUGGGGACGACAGUCAGCUCACCAUCAGAAUUCCGAAUCCCAAAGUCUACUUGGCUAGACAAUCUCAGUGGAAGGUUCAUCAACUUAAUGUCCCGGGUAGUGCGACCGCGUUUUACCAACUUGCAACCAUUGUGCCUAUGCUAAUGGGCGAGAGUGCAAGUACACGCCUCUACCUACUCCCGCUCACAGAGGUAUACCUCGAUGUGACCGAUGUCGACUUCGGAAUCUCAAGGAAUCUUCCUGUAUGCAAUCAUUGUGCCGACGAAAGUGAGACGGAAUGCAACUACACGCCGAAGAAGCGGCAUAAGGUGCCAACCGAUCACGUAGCGACUAAGGACCGGGUUGUCACACCAUAUACAGCCAAGACCGCCUCAUUCCUUGUGUCUGAAGGGGGUGAAGGAGAUUCUGAUGGCGGUCAGACCAGCGGUCCGUCUGGCGGUCAUGCUGCAGACGGUGAGGCCAAGCCAGAUUCUCAGAAUAAACAACCCCCUCCGGGUUCACCUAAACCGGUUGACGGCGAUGUCCCCAUGGAUGCAGAAAGCGAGGUAUUUGAGCAGAUAGGUCCGGACGGCUCGACUACCUGGGUCCGCAAGAUUGCUCUUCCGCCUUUGUCCUCGAAGUCUUCUUCAGCCCUUGGGCAGCUCUUUCAACGCCCUUUCGUCCUCGAUCAAGGGAUGAUCGUUACCACGCCACACAUUGAUCCCUGGAUGCAUCCGGCAUUUGCGCCCCUUCCGGAUACUAUCAUCCAAACGCUGGCUUCCGUGAAUGCCAUCGAGAUGCCUACUAGGCAUCUUUAUGACGAGGCUCUUUUUCGCUUCAUCAGUGGGCUGUCACCAGAGCUUCGAGAAACAGCAGCAUUCCCCAUGGAUGUCUACGCAGAUGUCGCACAUGCCAUCACUGAAGGGAACGUCUCCAAUCUAUCUCCGCGCUUACAACUUUGGUCAGCAUGCCAUCACGCUCGAUCUGGCUCCCGCAAGCAGCAUCUCCUAUUGCUUCCUCGCGACGCCUUCUACAGCAUGAACAGAUUCGACGAAGAGCGCUUGAGAAAACAGUACGUGGCACAGGUCGACGGCGACCCCGUCAAACCAGAGCAGUCCACGGAUUCGGCAAUGGGUACCUUGGACCCGGGCGCUGUCUUUGAGCGGCUACCCGUUCAGCCACAGAUUUACGACAUCUUGAUUUAUGCGCAUCGGAAUCACGCUACAUCGCACGCCAUGCUUUACGAAGCGCGCCGGAAUGGUUUCGCUACCAUCACUUGGCCUAUAGUGGAGCUAUUCCACAGACUAUGCCCGUUGUGCAAGAUGCGUUCCAAGGGACCGCACCGUGCUGUAGCCGAGGACGAUGCAGCGCCGCGCCAGCAGGUUGCAAAGCGAUGA